CUCUCACUAGCUGGCAUAAAGGGUUUAAGGGUCCGUUUGCUCACUAGAAAGCGUGAGUUGUCCUUGGACCCCAAGUGUGGCCACGCAGCAGCUGCACACGGCAGCAGUCAGUUGCCUGUCAGGGGCCCCGCAUGUUGAGUCGACUGCUGCCGUCCAGUGUGGCAGACCGUGAGAAGCGUAUCGGAUCAACCAUCGUAUACCACCGCAUGCAUGCAUGAGCCAUGGUCGGCAGUUCCGCGAGCAGCCUGGGAGGAAUCCUGACCUUUAUCUUUGUGGUGAUGAUGACGCUGGGUUUCCUGCGCAGCAUCUACUUGACACGGGACACUUUUGUCCUCGACGACAAUGAAGAGGACGACGGCGGCAACGACCAGUCGCUCUCGAUGGACCAACCUGCCGACGACCCGAGGUUCCAGCGGCAGAACGAGCCUGGCAUGGCCGAAGCCGGGAGGGGCACGGGCACGGGCACGGGCAGAAGGCAGCAGCAUGCGGCGGAAGCGGCGGGCGAGGAGCGGGAUGGGCUGUUUUGGGACUUUGAGCUGGUCUUCCCUACUCGGAGGCGAAAUGUGUGUUUCCGCCUUCGCGAAAAAUGCAGUUAA